UUCGUUUCUACCCCGUUUCUAAAAUCUUUGCACCUCCCCCAAAUUCCCUCCUUCGAUUCGCUAGGGUUUUAAAUCUCGCUCACUGAACAGUUGAGUUUUUUAGGGUUUAAGCCUCUUAAGUUGUGAUGGAGAUGGAUACAGACGCUAAUUUGAGCUUCUUCGAUCCUGAGUAUUCCGCUUACAGAGAGCCCUAUCGCCGUUACAGGAAAAGACAGUCUACGUCAAGUAUUUCUCCUCUUCUUGGAAAUUCAGUAUCAAGAUUUUCAGAAGCUAGACUCUUGAUCGAUGGUAAUAAUAUUCAAAGACGGCCUAAUGCUGCACUUCUCCUUGAAGAAAUCAAGCAGGAGGUUGAAAAUUAUGAUGCUGAUGGCCUUGAAGGAUCAGCACAGAAAGCGUUUUAUUCCUCAAAGAGAAGGGUGUCUACUGAUAGUCAUACAGUCUCAGAGCUUAAUGCUGGCUUUGAUUCAAUUCGGCAAGUUACGAGUCAAUCAUUGAAAUCUUGCAAGCAUGAAGACGAGGUGUUAGUCGAUGGUGGAGAGAAUACAUUUACGUUAUUUGCAUCUCUUCUUGAUUCUGCACUUCAAGGAUUGAUGUCAUUCCCUGAUCUAUUAUUGCAGUUUAAAAAUACGUGUCGAAAUGUCUCGGAGGCAAUUAGGCAGAGCAGUACUGGCAGGCAUCGGGUAGUAGAGGACAAAUUUAUGCAGCAAAAAGCUCGAUUAUUGCGUGAUGAGGCAGCUUCUUGGUCGCUUCUUUGGUAUCUCUUUGGGAAAGGAAAUGAAGAGCUACCUGAACAGCUCAUGCUGUCUCCAACAACCUCACAUCAGGAAGCCUGCCAGUUUGUUAUUAAAGAUCAUACAGCCCAGUUAUGUCUUCGGGUUAUUCUUUGGCUUGAAGAAUUAGCCUCAGAAAGUCUGGAUUUGGAAAAGAAGCUGAGGGGAUCUCAUGUUGGUUCAUAUCUUCCAAGCUUUGGUGUAUGGCAUCAUACACAGAGGUUCUUAAAGAGAAAAAAUGAUGAUCCUGACAUUGUCAAACACAUGGAUUUUGAUGCUCCAACACGGGAAGUAGCUCGGCAACUCCCUGAUGACAAAAAACAAGAUGAAUUACUUAUGGAAGAUGUCUGGAUUCUUCUAAGAGCUGGAAGAUUGGAGGAGGCAUGUGAACUUUGCCGUUCUGCUGGGCAGCCAUGGAGAGCGGCAACUCUAUGUCCUUUUGGGGGGUUGGACCAAUUUCCCUCAGUGGAAGCUAUGCACAAAAAUGGGAAGACAAGAAUUUUGCAAGCUAUUGAACUGGAAAGUGGAAUUGGACACCAAUGGAGACUUUGGAAGUGGGCAUCAUAUAGUGCCUCAGAGAAAAUUGCAGAGCAAAAUGGUGGAAGAUAUGAGAUGGCUGUAUUUGCUGCUCAGUGUAGUAACUUGAAGCGUGUGCUACCUAUCUGCACUGACUGGGAGUCAGCAUGCUGGGCAAUGGCAAAGUCCUGGCUUGAUGCUCAAGUUGAUGUAGAAUUAACUGACUUUCCACAAGGAAGACUGGAGGAUAAACACUAUGGUGAUGGCAUGAAUGGAACACCUUCUCAAGGAAUUCAGACUUCGUUGCCUUCAGCUGGUCCUGAAACAUGGCCAUGUCAUGUUCUUGAUCAGCAACCUCGUGACCUUCCUUCUCUCCUUCAAAAACUUCAUUCUCGUGAUAUUGUGAAUGAAGCUGUUUCUCGAGCGUGCAAAGAGCAGCAUCGACAAAUUGAGAUGAACCUCAUGAUAGGAGAUAUUGCGCGUCUUCUAGACCUCAUUUGGUCAUGGAUAUCACCAUCAGAAGAUGAUCAGAAUGUUUUGAGGCCUCAUGGUGACCCCCAAUUGAUGCGUUUUGGAGCACAUGUUGUUCUUAUUCUUAGAUAUCUACUUGGUGACGAAAUGAAGGAUGCUUUCAAGGAGAAGCUUACUACUGUUGGUGAUCUCAUUCUUCAGAUGUAUGCAAUGUUCUUAUUUUCCAAGCAACAUGAGGAGUUAGUUGGGGUGUACGCCUCACAGCUGGCUCGUCCGUUUUGCAUUGACCUUUUUGUCCACAUGAUGGAACUCAGGCUCAAUAGCAGUAUGCAUGUCAAAUACAAGUUGUUCCUGGCUGCAGUGGAGUACUUGCCUUUCUCUUCUGAAGAUAAAUCCAAAGCAUGUUUUGAAGAAAUUAUAGAAAGGAUUCUUUCACGGUCUCGAGAAAUCAGAUGUAGUAAGAAUGAUGGGCUAUCGGAUGUUGCAGAGCAACAUCGGUUGCAGUCCCUUCAAAAGGCCAUGGUUGUACAGUGGCUUUGCUUCACACCACCUACUACUAUAAAUGAUUUUGAGAUUAUAAAGGCAAAGCUCUUCACGAGGGCACUAAUUCAUAGCAAUACUUUAUUCAGGGAGUUUGCCUUGAUAUCUAUGUGGAGAGUCCCUAAAAUGCCAGUUGGAGCACAUAUGUUACUCAGCUUCCUUGCAGAACCUUUAAAACAGCCUAAUGAUACUUUUCCAUCUGUUGAUGAUAAUGAUGUUUCUGAAAAUUUGCACGAAUUUGAAGACUGGCGAGAGUACUAUUCAUGUGAUGCAACUUAUCGGAACUGGCUUAAGAUUGAGUUGGAGAACUCUGCUAUUCCUCCUGCUGAUCUUUCUUCAGAAGAGAAAGAAAAUGCUAUGGCAGCUGCAAGGGAAACAUUGCAGUCAUCUUUAUCACUUCUACUUAGGGAAGGAAGCCCAUGGUUAAAUGCGGCUCAUAGUAGCCUACGCGAGUCAACAGAGAAUAUAUUUCUUGAAUUGCAUGCAACUGCAAUACUCUGUCUUCCCUCAGGGGAAAGCAUGUGCCCAGAUGCAACCUUAUGCACCACAUUGACAAGUGCUCUCUACUCUUCCGUGAGUGAGGAAAUUGUGCUAAAGCGCCAGCUGAUGGUCAAUGUUUCUAUUUCGCCUAAAGAUAAAUACACGCUUGAAGUAGCACUCCGCUGUUUAGCUGUUAAUGGUGAUGGGCUUGGAGUUCAUGAAGCAAAUGACGGGGGACUUCUUGCUACCGUCAUGGCAGCUGGUUUCAAAGUAGGAGAACUUAAACGAUUUCAAAUGGGUGUCACAAUGGAGAUAUCCCGGCUUGAUGCUUGGUACUCAGAUAAUGAGGGUUCAUUGGAAAACCCUGCUGCUUAUAUUGUCAAAGGUCUCUGCCGCCGAUGUUGCCUACCAGAAAUGAUUCUUCGAUGUAUGCAGGUAUCUGCUUCUCUUGCUGAGUCAGGUGAAUCACCUGAUCAUCGUAAUGAAUUGAUCGAACUUGUAGCUUCAGCAGAGUCUGGUAUGAUGCAACUGUUUAGUCAGCACCAGUUACAGGAAUUUUUAUUGUUUGAAAGGGAAUGCACAUUGUACGCAAUGGAGGCUCAGGAAGAAUCAUCGAUGGUUGAUGCUUGAACAAGUAAAAAGCGAGGUUUGUUAAGGUAUAAUUUCGACAUCAUCUGCUGAUGGGCAUAAUUUUGGCUGGAGAAUUGGGUCGCCUUUAAGAAGUUCAGUUGCUUGUUGUGGAGGCAGCACUAGAAAUUUUGUACUGUAUCUUAAUGUGUAAACAAUCAUCAACCAACCAACCAACGCAUGUCAGUUGAUCAUUUUGAUCCUGUUUAUAUUAGAAGAUGCGAAAUCACCAGCAGUUGUUAAUUCAUGCCGCAACUCCAUGCUUACGUAUCGCGCGCUGUAAUUCAUAGAAUAGAAAAGAAGUCGGAGGAUUGUAAUUAUCAUUGUUGUGUUAUUUUCUUUUCUCUAUCGUGAAAUGUAGGUAGGGCUGACAAUUUGAACCAAUAUUUACAAUAGACCAUAACCUAUGGAAAAUUAAACUAUAAUGAGAUUGUUAGCAGA